UGCAAGCUGCCAAAUCGAUUCUCACCUUCCUUUCCUUUCCACCCGAAAUAGCCAAAAAUUCUAAUAUGCACUUCCUCUUCCUCCACCGCCACCUACUCCUUUCCUUGCUCCACUCCCUUCCAUGGCCAAGAAUCUACCUGAAUAAUACCUUAUCCAUAGUAUUUCUCUUCAUCUUCACUCCCUUGACUCUCUCUUCUAGACAUGACUUCCUCUUAUUGCCUAUCUUCUACAAGAAAUUCUGUCACUCCGCAAACUGUUUUGCGUAAUUCUCAUUUGUGUCUCUCCAGAAACCGCUUGCAUAGAGAGAGUAAUAUUUUCAAGCCUCACCAACUACCUCUAAAGCAUUUUCUUCCCAUUUUGAGACUCGACAACUCUAAACUCGCUUACCCUUUUGCCAGUAUAUCCUCUUUCGCUGAAGCUGGAGGCGAAGAAGGGCGCAAAGAAGGAAUCCAGAUUGAGAAGCAUCAAGGAACAGUGAAAAACAAUGAAGAUGACUUGCCUGGAAUGGCUCAGGCCUUUCAUAUAUCUUCAAGAACGUCCUUUGCUAUCAGCAUAUGCAUAGCAUUUGCUGCUCUUACUUUUCCCUUCUUUAUGAAGUCUCUGGGACAAGGUUUGGGCUUAAAGACCAAGUUGCUAUCAUAUGCAACGCUGUUAUUUGGGUUCUAUAUGGCUUGGAAUAUAGGGGCCAAUGAUGUGGCUAAUGCCAUGGGGACUUCUGUGGGGUCUGGAGCAUUAAGUCUCCGGCAGGCGGUUGUAACUGCUGCUAUCUUGGAGUUCUCAGGAGCAUUUUUGAUGGGUACCCAUGUGACCAGUACAAUGCAGAAGGGAAUUCUUGUGGCUAAUGUGUUUCAGGGGAAGGAUACUCUGUUGUUUGCUGGCUUGCUCUCUUCUUUGGCUGCUGCUGGUACUUGGUUGCAGGUUGCAUCAUAUUAUGGUUGGCCUGUUUCUACCACGCACUGUAUAGUAGGAUCAAUGGUUGGAUUUGGUCUUGUCUAUGGAGGAGCUGGUGCUGUCUUCUGGAGUUCACUGGCAAGGGUAACUUCAUCGUGGGUGAUCUCACCGAUAAUGGGAGCAGUAGUGUCAUUCCUUGUCUACAAAUGCAUCCGUAGGUUUGUGUACAGUGCUCCAAAUCCAGGGCAAGCUGCAGCUGCAGCUGCACCAGUUGCUGUCUUUGCGGGUGUAACAGGAAUCUCUUUUGCAGCCUUUCCUCUAAGCAAGACCUUUCCUUUGGCUCUGGCACAGGCUUUAGCCUGUGGUGCCGCUGGUGCACUCUUAGUCUCAAGAAUCAUCCACAAACAGCUCGGUCAUCUCCUUGCGAAAGCUACUUCAACGCAAUCUGAGCCACAGGAGAGUAGUACUAUCCGUAACAAAAAUAUUGGAUUUCUCUCUGACUUUGCAGGACCGAAGGGUACCCAAUUGGAGUUAGUUUAUGGGGUUUUUGGAUACAUGCAAGUACUCUCAGCCUGCUUCAUGUCAUUUGCCCAUGGUGGAAAUGAUGUAUCCAAUGCAAUAGGUCCUUUGGCUGCUGCACUGUCUAUCAUUCAUGGUGGUGCCAGUGGAGCAGAAAUUGUUAUUCCAACUGAUGUUCUUGCAUGGGGAGGAUUCGGAAUAGUUGCAGGGCUGACCAUGUGGGGUUAUAGAGUGAUAGCAACAAUUGGAAAGAAGAUCACCGAACUUACACCAACUAGAGGAUUUGCAGCCGAGUUUGCUGCAGCUUCUGUGGUUCUAUUUGCGUCGAAGCUGGGUCUACCUAUUUCAGCAACGCACACUUUGGUGGGUGCAGUCAUGGGGGUAGGGUUUGCGAGGGGGCUAAACAGUGUUAGAGCAGGGACUGUGAGAGAGAUUGUGGCUUCAUGGCUUGUGACAAUUCCAGCUGGUGCUGGGUUCUCAGUUGCCUAUACAUGGAUCUUGACCAAGCUUUUGUCUUCCAUAUUUUGAGAAAACAUUUACAUGAUUAAAAUUAAUGAAACCAUUUGAUGUAUGUGAUUAAUCAAAAUCACUCAUCUUUUCUCAAAAGAAUUCAUGGGAUGAUUGCGACUGUUUGAGCUAGAGUGAUUUCCUCGGAGAGGAAUUCACAAUGCAUAUGGAAGUGAGAACAAAAAAUAAAUUAUUUUUUGCAGUGUAUGCGUUUGGAAGUUCA